UAAAGGAUUCUAUGGCUUAGAAAAACCCUAUAAAAUUUUAUUAAUCUAUUUCUUUACAAAUGAUCAUUUGAGUGGAAUCAGUUUUUGAUGGCAUCCCAAGAGAUGAGAUUGUUAACUGUAUCGGUUGCCCUGAUAUUGGUGACUUUUAUACCUGAGGUCUGGUCAGAGAGGGAAUCGAGUCUUCAGUCAGCCUUCGUUUGUCCAAAUGAGUGCAUAUUACUGUUGGCCCAAUCUAAAAAAUCUAUUAGAAGUUUCAUAUCGAGAAAAUAUAAAACAAAAUGUGGCGCUUGCUGGUCCGACGUACUGACCCCAAAUUUUGGAAGAGCAGGGCAGAUACAGAUGCGAAGAUUGGUAACCAAACGAUGCCAAAAAUCAUGCGUCGUAAAUCUCGUUGAUAUGUGUUCCGGUAAUAUUGGAGUUUACAAGAAAUCUCUCCAAACUUGUGGUGUAUGCUGGUCUUCUAUCUACCAUUCUCAUGAGAAAGUCGAGUUGAUAUCAAUAAAGAUGAAGAAAGUGAUAAUAGAAUCAAUUUCGAAAAGAUUUCCUGUUUCUGAUUUUGCCGAUUCUACAGAAGAGGAAGAACAUCAGAAUUCCUCUGCAGCGAGCGAUGAGAUUGUCAUUGAUAACCGGGACAACAAAAGGGUAAAAAAAAAUAAAGGCUUGUUGAUCAAAAUUCAUACAAAAGAAAAGAACACCCGUCCGUCAGCCUCAAAAUACGGUUAUAUGCACGGCGAAGACCAUGUUGGUGUUCCAGAAGAUGAUAUUAACGUCAAACUCAAGGAUAAUUCAAUUGGAAAUGAUGGUGUCAUUUCUACCCAUGAAGUGCACUCUGAAUUCCAAAGUACGCCUGAUGGUUUCGAUGCAACGCAUAAAAUAAAAAACCAGAGUGUAUGGUGGAACUCUGACAAACCAACAGAUGCUGAUCAUACAGCGCAUUUAGAAUCAGCAGUCGAUACUUCACAUCUCAUUGAAAAUCACUCUACAGACCAUUCAUCCUUAGAGGUAUCCAAUCAUGUUCAUAAUGAAUCUACAGCUUGGAGCAAUAGUGGCGAAUGGGGUUUAGCAGAUCACAUCGAUUUACAUUCCAAAGAUGGAGCAAUUCAACAUGAGAAAUUGGAUGUUGAACAUCACGAGGAGAAAGAAGACGUAUUACACACUUUUAAUGAAGAAUCGCCUGAACUACAUGUACAGCAUCAUGUUGAGCAUGAAGCUGUUCAGGUAGCAGCAGAACAACGUUCCAAUUUAGAGGAAAAUGUAUCUCAGGAGGAAGCCUCACACCUGGAAGUAUCUCAACAGGAAUUAUCUCAUCAGGAAGUAUCCCAACAGGAUGUUUCUCAUCAGGGAGUAUCCCAACAGGAAGUCUCUCACCUGGAAGAAUCUCAACAGGAAGUCUCUCAUCAGGAAGAAUCUCAUCAGGAAGUAUCCCAACAGGAUGUAUCUCAUCAAGAAAUAUCUCAACAAGAAGUAUCUCAACAAGAAGUAUCUCACCAGCAAAUAUCUCAGCAGCAAGUAUCCCAACAAGAAGUAUCUCAGCAAGAACUAUCGCACCAAGAAGUAUCUCAGCAAGAAUUAUCGCAGCAAGAAGUAUCUCAUCAGAAUGUUGAACACAAUGUACACCAUAGCUCUAAUCAACAAACAAUAGUUUCGAAUACAACUAAAAUACAGCAAGAAUUUGCAAGUGGUGGAUAUCAUCAGCAUGAAAAUGAACAUAUCAGUACAAAUGGCGUAUCCCAGCAGAUCGUAGAGCAAAAUGCUCAUGCAAUUCAACAUGAAGCUCAGAUGAAUGAUGAGCAUCAUGUUGAGGACGACAGUCUGGCACAUUUAGCUCGGCAGGAAGUUGAUACAAGUCAUGAAUUAUCUCAUGAAUUAUCUCAGCAUGGAAUAGGCGUAAAUGUAGAGCAUAGUUCGCAUAAAAUAGCAUUUGAUUUAGAUGAGCAUGAAUCGAAACAGGAGCUUGCAGUUGACAAUGCAAACAUUUAUAUGGAUCAGCAAUCAGCUAUAGGUUAUAAAUAUAAUGGUGGUGCGCAAUAUAUAUCAGAAAAAACAUUGUUGGACAACAUGGCAUGUUUCUGCAAACUAAAAUCUAUACCUCAGCUUAUAGAAGCGUCUGUAGUUGAUCAACAAACAUUUGACGAGAUUGCAAGAAAUAAUUUAGUGAAUUCACAUCGAUGGUCCAAUCCUUUCUUAGUAUAUGGUGGCUCUAGAAGGUCAUUUUUAUUACAGCCCGAUCUGGGACAAAUAGACUAUGCGCAUUUCACGACUGUAGCAAGGAUAAACGAUUUUGAUAAAUUAAUGGUUGCUGAAUUAUUGAAGUAUAAAAGUGUAUUGAUGAAUAUAUUCGGUAGAGAACUGUUCCUCAAGUUGACCAACACCAUCAAGAGUGAAGCUACAAUAGUUGAACAGGAGUUGAUAAGAUUGAAAGCACUGAAAUACUGUCCAAUGCCUCAAUACAAUAAUGAGUAUAGUUUUUUGCUGAACACAGUAGUAACAAAAGUUUCAAGAUGCGUGGUGGACGAUAUUCAUGAAAUGGUAGGAGAACUCCUGAACAUAUACUCUAAAAUGUCCCCACACCAAGCUUUCAGCGAUGGAGAUAGCUUCAUUUCAACGUUCCAACAUAAGAUUUCUUCGUGUAGAAAUGAGAAAAUUCUAACUAGAAUUCACGGUUCGCCAGUCAAGUGUGGACUGAUUGGAAAUCUAGUUAUUUAGAAACUUAUUUUUCUUUUUCAGCAUAAGAGACGUUAACAUACUGUAUCUACGAAAAAUACAAUAAAUAGAGAUAACUGAU